AUGAGUGUCGAGAGGCGCACCAAGUCUAUUGACCUCUCUCACCACCUUUCCGAGCUGUCCAAAGCUAGGAUAACCUCUCCGUUGAAGGGGCUCCAGAAGUACUUAUCACAGCCAGGCAUUUUGGCCCUCGCAGGAGGCCUGCCUAGUCCUGCAUAUUUCCCCGUCUCAGACGUUUCUGCCAACGUUUUGGUACCAGAGUCAUUCGCUCUCGCUCCGACAGAGUCGUCUACCCCUUCUUCAUGGCUAUGGAAGUUAUUCAGUAGCCACAAUUCAACCAAAGAGAACACUCAGGGCAUCACCAUUCCCAAGUACCCUGCCAUGGACGGGGAUAUCAACCUGGCAAGCUCUCUUCAAUACGGCGCAGCUGUAGCACAGGGACAGUUGCAAGUUUUCUUGAAACAUUUUAUUUCUGAGGUCUAUCGGCCAGCUUUUGAGGACUGGACGGUCCUUAUUAACACUGGUAAUACGGAUGGGUGGUUAAGAGCUGUCGCAACCCUGUGCAACCCUGGCGAGGGUGUACUGUGUGAAGAGUGGACUUAUCCCUCUGCCAUGGCAUCGAUGCUCCCUGCCAAUAUCAAGCCUGUACCUGUCGCCAUGGAUGGACUAGGCAUGAAGAGCGAUGCCCUCGAGAACUUACUGUCGCAAUGGGACCCAGUUUCACGUCAGAUGUCAAGGCCUCAUGUUAUGUACAUCGUGCCUGUUGGACAGAACCCAAGUGGCUCGACAAUGAGUGUCGCUCGCAAGAAGCAGAUUUAUGAUAUCUGUGUCAAAUAUGACGUGAUAAUUGUCGAAGACGAUCCAUAUUAUUUUCUUCAACUGGGAACGUACGUAUUUAAAGACGACAGGUCCCCUGAUGUAACGUCUUCUGGAAGACAGUCAGCCGACGAAUCUAGACGAUAUGUUUCGACUUUGAUCCCUAGCUUCUUGAAUUUUGACUACGAGGGACGUGUGAUCCGUCUCGAUACCUUCUCCAAGACCGUUGCUCCUGGUAGUCGACUAGGAUGGUUCACGUGUAAUCCUCUCUUUGCAGAGAGGUUGGAGAGGCAUGGAGAAAAAACAACUCAGGCUCCAUGCGGCUUUGGACAGGCAGUGAUCGCAAAGAUUUUGAUGCAUUGGACCUAUGAUGGCUACAUCCGCUGGCUCAGGGGUCUACGAACAGAAUAUCAGCAACGCCGUGAUUUCUUCAUCGAUUGUCUCGCAGAGGAAUUCCACUUGCAGGCGGUUCCUGCUAUCGCAGGCGUCUGGCAGGAUUGCAUCGUGUAUCGGGCUUCAUCCAAGGUCAAGAAGAGCUCUAGUAUCAGUGAAAAAUACCCGGGCCGGAACCGCACGAUGUUUAGCUUCGUGCCGCCAGCUGCAGGAAUGUUCGUAUGGAUGAAACUUCAUCUCAACCAACAUCCCUCGUUUACCCCGGGAGAUGAAGAUACCUUAGAAACGAAGUUAUGGACCAAGUUAGCAGAGAAUGGAGUGUUGUUUGGACCAGGGUGGAUGUUCGCAGCCAAUGCGAUGAGCAAGGACUCUGACAGUACUGGCGCCGGCCACUUCCGCGUCAGUUUCAGCAACGCCGAGUUCCCCGACCUCAAGAAAGCGGUCACUAUUUAUGGACGAGUCAUCCGGGAGUUCUUUGAAGAGGAGAACCUUUAG